CGCCUGCGCGGAGCGGGCGACUCGUACUGGACGGUAGGAUUCAAAGGAGUGGCGCGCUCGAGGGUGAGCGUGGAGGUCGGCGGUCGGCUCGGCGUCUCUCAGCAUGAACCCUAUCCAGAGUUUCCACUGUAAGCUGCGGGGUCUGGCCGCCGUGCUGGACGGCGAGACGGCCCGGCUGCUGCGAGCGCUGGACGGCGAGGACGGCGACUUGGAAGAUUCGCCAAUGAGAAUUUUAUAUGACCUUCACUCAGAAGUUCAGACUCUAAAGGAUGAUGUUAACACUCUUCUUGGUGAAGCAAGAUUGGAAAGUCAAGAAAGCACACGUUUCAUAAAGGCAACAAAAGUACUGAUGAAAAAAAAUUCAGCAGACAUCAUGAAACUGAGAGAGUUUUUCCAGAAGUAUGGCUAUCAAGCACGUGACAAGGAAGAGUCAGUAUGUGAGCACAAAGUCAGUGCCUCGGCCUCAGAGUUGGCUGUGUGUGAAGACGUUCAGAAGCCUGCUCUGGAGGACGAGCCGUCUGAUCCAUGUGUUCCGAGCACUUCUGUCUCUGAAAAGCCCCUACGCAGCCCACAGCUUUCAGACUUUGGACUGGAGCGGUACAUAGUCUCCCGAGUCCCACCAAACCCUCCCCAGACAGCUGACAGCCUUAAAGAAGAAUGCAUGUCUGAAACCCCUCCUGCCAAAGAAUCUUCUGUCACAGUGCUAAAGACUCCCCGGUGUGCUCUGAAGAUGGAUGAUUUUGAGUGUGUAACUCCUAAAUUAGAACACUUUGGUAUAUCUGAAUACACUAUGUGUUUAAAUGAAGAUUAUACCAUGGGACUUAGAAAUAUGAAGAACAUAAAAAGUUCCCCUCUGAAUAGUGCCAGUGGAGAGGCCGUAGGGACAGGGCCUGUGACCAGUGAGAAUUCUUUAGCCAUUCCUGGUUCCAUAAUCGAGCAGCUGGAAAAAACUGAUGCUGAAUACACAAAUUCACCAUUGCCACCUAAAUUCUGCACUCCUGGUUUGAAAAUUCCGUCUACAGUGGACAGUGGAGCUUUGGUAUAUAAAAAUUAUCCAAAACCAAAUAGUUCAUCAAGUGAUUUGGAAGUUAAAGAGUGUGAUCCAUUAAUUUUAAAUUCAGAUGAAUGCUAUGAGAAUUUUGCAGACCCCCCUUCUACAAUUACUUCUUGUGAAAAUAUCAGAACACCUUCUCCUCCAGAAGUCACUGCAAUUCCAGAAGAUAUUCUCCAGAUGUUAACAAAGCACAACUCAAACCUAGCUACUCCAUUGGAGGUUAAAGCAAUGCCAUCCAGGAAAGGCUUCCUCAAGUACGGGGGGCAGAGCAUCCGAGGUGCUGCCAACAAGGAAAACUGGUGACGCUACUGCAGAACGUGCCUGUGUUACUACCCGAGGCAUUUGAAAACUAGGGAAUUCUAGUGUGGAUACAUCCAAUAAAGAAGCUGGACAGCAACGGGGAAAGCAAGCUGGACUUAAGUUUUCUCGAAUCUUCUAUUAGAAAUUUUAGCUGGUUAACACAGAGACCAGUGAGAUGGAAGGAGGGCUCACAGCUGU